AUGGAGACGCCCAUCGAGCGCGAAAUCCGCCGCAGCUGCGAACGCGAGGAGAGCCUGCGCCGGAGCCGGGGCCUGAGCCCGGGCCGCGCGGGCCGCGAACUCGUGGAGCUGCGCCUGCGGCCGGUGCUCAACCUGCCGGGCCCGGGCCCCGCGCUCCCGCGGGCCGUGGAGCGCGCGCGGGCGGGCGCGCAGAUGCAGCGCGACAUCGAGCGGGAGGCUCACCGGCAGGCGGCGCUGGUGCGCCCCGCGCCCCCGGAGCCGCGCCCCCGGCCGCCGCCGCAGCCGCUGGGCGAGCUCAUGCGCUUCUUCGAGGCCGCGGGCGGGGGCGGCUCCUCGCCCGCCGCGGAGGACGCCGCGGGCCCGCCGCGGCCGCGGGAGCCGCUCAGCCCGCCGCACUCGGCCGCGCAGGGCCGGUGCCCGGUGCUGGCGCGCGCGCCGCCGCCCCUCGCGCCGUCGCUGCUGGAGCAGGAGGUGCGGGAGGCGCAGGAGCGCGAGCGGGAGCUGCAGCGCCAGCGGCUCAGCGUCUACGGCGCCGCCGCCGAGGCCAGGGAGCCGGCGCCCAGCCUGAUGGGGGUGCGGCCUGCCUCCUUUGUCCCGGCCGCCUCCGGCCGGCGAGAGGAGGAGCGACCCCGGCUGAGCGCCCCUUUCCCCGCAGCGAUCAGGGGCGAUGGAAAACUGGCGGUGACCUGGCCCCCCCGCAGAAAGGCCUCAGAGAACGGCCUGGAACAGGAGGAGCGGAAGCCUUGAGGUUAGCGCAGGCUGGGAUCCCCGGCCCAAAGUAACAUGCCCGUCCGAGGACCCGGACCAGAGGAGCCCACAGUGCCCUCCGGGUCAGCAGGAGUCCUGAAGGACCAGCCCAGGUCUGAAGUCUGCGCCAGGGAAGAUGCCAUCUACCAGCCCCUCCUUGAACUUCAUGUUGUGAAAUUGAUUCGUUCCUGCUGCAAAACUGCAAUUUUUCCAUUGACAAAUACCACUACAGCAACCUCACCAAUGAAGCUGUCCGGCCCUUCUCCACCUAACUGAAAACCGAGCUGGCCUCUCCCUCCGGCCACGGCUGGGGUCAACCACCGCCUCAGCUUCCCCAUGCCCCAAUAAAGUCCCUUCUUUCUGGG